AUGGAAUUUGCUGUAGGCAAUGUACACCAAGAAACAUUACUUUCCCUAGAAGACUCAAUAAUUUCUGAACUGAAAUGUUUGGCUUGUAAUAUUUGCAAAUCCUGUGGAAGUAUCAGCAAAGGCAACCGCAGUCAUCAUCUUGAACGGAUUAUAGAUUUACUAACUUAUCCAUGCAAAUAUUUCGAAAAAGGUUGUCGAAGAAGGUUCAAGCUUGAGAAGCUAAGUCAACACGAAAAUGAAUGCCAAACAGUCAAAUUUGAAUGUCCCCUUAGAGUUGGUAACAGAUGUGCUUUUAUUGGUACAAAAAGACAAAUUGUUUUUCAUUGUCAAUUGGUGCAUAGCUAUUUUACUUUUGUUGGAGAAAAACGUUUCAAGCAACAAAUCCUUCACAACAGUUUCAUAGAAAAAGCUCCUUCAAUUUUACGCACUUUUCAAAGCUCCUACCUUUACAAUCAUAAAGAUAUCCUAUUUCAAGGAACUAUUGAACAAGUACCAGGCAAUAUAAAGGUAAAAAUGUGCAGAAUUUCACUCCCGAGCGAAAUCGAGGAGGCGUUUGAUUUUAUUUUAACUUUAUUCAAUUUUAAUAACGAAAGCGUAAUUAGUUAUCGCAAACCGUGCAGUGUAAUUGAUGGACAUUAUACAAAUUCGAUUAAAAACGGUUCCGUGCAGAUUAGUUUGGAAAUUUUAAAAUGUUGUCGUUAUUUUACCAUCGAUUUCGUUGCUGCAGCUGACUAUUUUAUAAAUUGUUGA